UGAGGAGGAGGGGGAGCUGAGCCCAAGAUGGCGGCGUCUGAGGCGACCGGCCGAUACAGGAGCGUCAUGAGUAAAAGCAAGGACCCCUCCGGCCUCCUCAUCUCCGUCAUCAGGACACUGUCCACCAGUGAUGAUGUUGAGGACAGAGAGAAUGAGAAGGGUCGCCUGGAAGAGGCGUACGAGAAGUGCGAUCAUGAUUUGGAUGAACUGAUUGUUCAACACUACACUGAGCUCACAACUGCCAUCCGCACCUACCAGAGCAUCACGGAGCGCAUUACUAACUCGCGCAACAAGAUCAAGCAGGUCAAGGAGAAUCUGCUGUCUUGUAAGAUGCUUCUGCACUGCAAGCGAGACGAGCUGCGCAAGCUGUGGAUUGAAGGCAUUGAACACAAGCAUGUCUUGAAUUUGCUGGACGAGAUUGAGAACAUCAAGCAGGUGCCCCAGAAGCUGCAGCAGCGCAUGGCCAGCAAGCACUACCUCACGGCCACGGAUAUGCUGGUGUCCGCAGUGGAUUCCCUGGAGGGACCCUUGCUUCAGGUGGAGGGACUGAGUGAUCUGAGACUGGAGCUCCACAGUAAGAAGAUGAAUAUGCACUUGGUGCUGAUAGACGAACUGCACCGCCAUCUCUACAUCAAAUCCACCAACAGGGUUGGGCAGCAGAGCAAAGAAAAAGGGAGGAUAAGUUCACUUGGGAAGGAGGCUUCUCCCGGAUCUCUUCUCGAUGUCACUAACUUGCCAACGCCUCGCAAGUUCCUCGAUUCCUCCCAGUUCGGUACCCCAGGAAGUGCCAGUGGGAAAGAUGUCAGCUUAAUGGAAAUCAAGGAGGAUUUGGAACUGGAUCCUGAAGAGAACAGCUCCAUCUUCAUGGGCAUCCUCAUCAAAGGCCUGGCCAAGCUGAAGAAGAUUCCUGAGACAGUGAAGGCCAUCCAGGAUCGUCUGGAGCAGGAACUGAAGCAGAUCGUUAAGAGGUCCACCACUCAGGUGGCCGACAGUGGCUACCAGAAAGGAGAGAACAUAGUCCAAGAAAACCAGCCUAGACUUCUCCUGGAACUUUUGGAACUGCUCUUUGACAAGUUUAACGCUGUUGCUGCUGCUCAUGCCAUUGUCUUGGGCCAUCUUCAGCAGACUGUGGCUUCUCCUUCCAGUCAGUAUGAUGGUGAUAUCAAGUUAUAUGACAUGGCAGACGUGUGGGUGAAGAUUCAGGAUGUCUUGCAGAUGCUGCUCACCGAGUACUUGGAUAUGAAGAACACACGGGCAUCUUCAGAGCCAUCAGCUCAGCUUAGUUAUGCCAGCUCUGGAAGGGAAUUUGCAGCAUUCUUUGCCAAGAAGAAACCUCAGAGGCCCAAAACCUCUCUUUUCAAGUUUGAGUCAUCAUCUCACGCUAUUAGCAUGAGUGCCUAUUUACGGGAACAGAGGAGGGAGCUGUACAGCAGGAGCGGUGAACUGCAAGGAGGACCUGAUGACAACUUGAUAGAAGGCGGCGGGACCAAGUUUGUCUGCAAGCCAGGAGCCCGAAAUAUCACAGUCAUCUUUCACCCACUUCGGAGGUUUAUUCAAGAGAUCGAGCACGCUUUGGGACUCGGACCCACCAAACAGUGUCCACUCCGGGAAUUUCUCACCAUGUAUAUCAAGAACAUCUUUCUUCACCAAGUCCUGGGAGAAAUCAACAAGGAAAUAGAAGGUGUCACCAAGACCACUGACCCACUGAAGAUACUAGCCAACGCAGACACAAUGAAAAUGCUUGGGGUGCAGAGGCCUCUCUUGCAGAGCACGGUCAUUGUCGAAAAAACGGUCCAGGACCUCAUGAACCUGAUGCAUGAUUUAAGCGCUUACUCUGACCAGUUCCUCAACAUGGUGUGCGUCAAACUCCAGGAGUACAAGGACACUUGCACCACCGCCUACAGGACCGCCUUUGGCAAGGAGUCUGAAGUUCUCAUCGGGAACCUGGGGGACAAGCUGAUUCCCCAGCAGGAGAUCCUCCGGGAUGUCAGCGACCUGAAGGCCUUGGCCAACAUGCACGAAAGCCUGGAAUGGCUCUCCGGACGGAUGAAGGCGGCUUUCUCCGACCUUCCUGUGGCACAGACGAUGUCCCCUGGCCAAGAAGGGCAUGCUAAUGCAGAUCUCCCACCAGUGUCCGAGCAGAUCGUGCAAACCCUGACGGAGCUGGCCCGAUCUUUCCAGGACAUGGCGGACCGCUGCCUGCUGGUUCUACACCUGGAAGUCAGGGUUCACUGUUUCCACUACCUGAUCCCGUUGGCUAAGCAAGGGAACUAUGCCAUUGUGGCCAACGUGGAGAGCAUGGACUAUGACCCCCUGGUGGUGAGGCUCAAUAAGGACAUCAGUGCCAUUGAAGAGGCCAUGAGCGCCAGCCUUCAGCAGAAUAAGUUCCAGUACAUCUUUGAAGGGUUGGGCCAUUUGAUUUCCUGUAUUCUCAUCAACGGGGCCCAGUACUUCAAACGUAUCAGCGAAUCUGGCAUCAAGAAGAUGUGCCGGAACAUCUUUAUCCUUCAGCAGAACCUCACCAACAUCACCAUGUCCCGGGAAGCUGACCUAGACUUCGCAAGGCAAUACUAUGAGAUGCUGUACAACACAGCCGACGAGCUGCUGAACCUGCUGGUGGACCAAGGCGUGAAAUACACGGAGCUGGAGUACAUCUACGCCCUCCACUUACUCCAUCGCAGCCAGACCGGUGUUGGGGACCAAACCGCCCAGAACAUGAGGCUCCAACGCCUGAAGGAGAUCAUCUGCGAGCAGGCAGCGAUCAAACAGGCCGCCAAGGAUAAGAAAAUCACCACGGUGUAAAUUG